AUGGUGGUGAUGCCGAAGCCGAAGCUACCAGCGUCUCUGCGGCGUGCUGCGACCCUUGUCCGGGAGAUGCUGCAGCUUGGCUGGGAGAUGACACCAGCUCGCAACGCCCGUCUCCUGCUUGCUUUGGGCAAAGCCAGUGCAGAGGGCGGUCGCGAGGCUUCCCUGGCGCGCUUCACCGCAGCACUUCUGCAGAUGUCUGAAGGCUUCCCGAUGCUCCUCUUCGUCGUUGAUUGUUCCGGGGCCAGGAAAUGUGGGACAGAAGCUGGCGUAGAACGGGCAGUCGCGGCAAUGGCCGAAUGCCUGCAGCGACACGCCACAGGUGUGACAUGCGGCGUCAUUACCUACAGCCCGGCAGAGGUGGUCCAGGAGCUCGGGCCGGACCUACCCUCGCUCACGGCGGCACUAGCGGCAGCGCGAAGGCAAGACGAGGUCGAAGUUGCGAAAGCCCUGCGUUCGGCGAAAGAGCAACUAAAGCUGGGCAAGAAAAGCCUUACCGAGAACGGCGACAAGCAGCCGAUCGUCAUCCACAUCGCCGCAAGCCACGCCGGCAAUGCAAAGGACUCCGCCAAGGCGAUGAAAGUCCUCGAAGCCUUGGGAGUGACGGUGCUCGGUUUGGGCAUGGGUGACAUCAAGGUCCGCGAAAAGCCUCAGCACAGCCGGCUGCUGCAGCAGCUUCGGCGGCUGCUUGCGGAGCGCCAGGAAAUCAUCGUCAUGCCCUGCUGCUACGAUGGCCUCACGGCCCGCCUCAUUGAGCGCAUGGGCUUCCAGCUUACGUUCAUGACGGGCUUCGGUGUCAGCGCCGUGCAUGGCUUCGCCGACUGCCAGCUGGUGUCCUACCAGGAGAUGCUCGAAGCAGCUUUUUGCAUCUGUGGAUCGCUGGAGCGCAUCUGCUGCAUCGCCGACGGAGACACAGGCCUAGCAACAUUGGAGGGCUCAGACUGA